CAUCGUCAUAUUAGCCCCACAGCACCCCUGUGGGGUGAGUGGUAUUGUUCCAACUUUAAGGGACAGCGGAAGAAUGCAUUAGAGGAACCACAGCCGUGCAUGGUAGCACCAGAGUUGAGACCCAUGUCUGUCUCAUUGAAGUUUCUUUGUGUGCACUGCCAGAUGGCUGAUUCUGACCCUGGGGACAGAAACUAUGACAACAUGUUGAAAAUGCUGUCAGACCUGAAUAAGGACUUGGAAAAGCUACUGGAAGAGAUGGAGAAAAUCUCAGUGCAGGCAACCUGGAUGGCCUACGACAUGGUGGUGAUACGCACCAACCCCACGCUGGCCGAUUCCAUGCGGCGGCUAGAGGAUGCCUUCCUCAACUGCAAGGAGGAGAUGGAGAAGAACUGGCAGGAGCUGCUCAAUGAGACCAAGCAGAAGCAGUAGGGCCUGCCUACCCUGCCGCCUGGCCACGGAGAGGGGCAGUGACCCGCGCACACGGCUCUGCGUCCGGCACCCUUCUCA